AAGAAAGUGAGGUGAAGUGAUGACAGAAAACAUAGAUGAUAUGGCCAAAGUAUUUUUUCUAUCGGUUAAAACUUAAAAUUCAUUAUUUACCUAAAAAGAAAAUGAGAAUUAAUGGUUUAUGUAUCUUCAUUUGAAUUCAAUUCAAUAAUCAUAAUCAUAAUCUAAUCGUUGGUGUUGUCGCGUCUUUGAUUCGUUCGUCCUCAGAGGGUCAACAGGGACGGCCAUCACCCAGACCCUCUCAAUCAUCAUCCAUCCCCCCCUUUCCACGAAAAACCCUAAAAAAUUCAAUCCCUUUCUUCUCCAUUUCCCCUUAAUAAUAAUAAUCCUUAUUCAUAAUCAUUUUCAAUUUCAUUUUCAUUUUCAUUUCUUCGCCGCAUACAAAAAAAAUGUCAUCUGAGAUCGAGGUUGUCGAGGAGGUUCAAUCUCGCCGCGAUCAACAAUCCACACCGUCAUCUUCCGACGGUGUUGAAGUUUCCGAAGAUAGCCUCCGGAACGACGUUUAUACUGCGGCUGCUUAUGGGGAUUUGGAGAAGCUACAUAGAUUGGUGGAGCUUGAGGGCUUUCUCGUUACCGAACCUGAUGGUUUGGGUUACUACGCUCUUCAGUGGGCUGCUCUCAAUAAUCGCACUGCCGCUGCUCAGUACAUCAUUGAGCAUGGUGGAGAUGUAAAUGCAACAGAUCAUACUGGCCAGACAGCCUUGCAUUGGAGUGCGGUACGGGGUGCUAUUCAAGUUGCAGAGCUUUUACUACAAGAGGGUGCUCGAGUGAAUUCUGCCGACAUGAAUGGGUAUCAGACAACACACGUUGCUGCUCAAUAUGGUCAGACAGCUUAUCUUUACCAUGUCGUCUCAAAAUGGAAUGCUGACCCUGAUGUUCCUGAUAAUGAUGGAAGAAGCCCCUUGCAUUGGGCUGCUUACAAAGGUUUUGCUGAUUCUAUACGUCUUCUUUUAUUUCUUGAUGCACAUCGGGGUCGUCAGGAUAAAGAGGGUUGCACUCCUCUUCAUUGGGCUGCUAUUCGGGGUAACUUGGAGGCCUGUACCGUGUUAGUACAGGCUGGCAAAAGGGAAGACCUGACCAUGACCGAUAAUACUGGCCUUACACCUGCACAGCUUGCUUCUGAUAAGAAUCACAGACAAGUUGCUUUUUUCCUUGGAAAUGCCCGAAGGCUGCUUGAUAAACGUUUUGACAAUAACAGCCGCCUUGGAAAGAUAUCUAAAUUAGGACUUGCUCCUGUACUUUGGUGCAUAAUUUUUGUGCUAUUGGUCACCUAUAUUCAUUCGGUCAUCUUGGCAACAAAUAUGCCAAAGCUGACAGCUGCAAGUGGCCUUUUUGCAUGGUUUGGAGUGUUACUUGCUACUGUUGGAUUGGUGAUGUUUUAUAGGUGUAGCAGCAAGGAUCCAGGUUAUAUCGGAGUGAGUGAUGACACUCAGAAUAUGAAAGAUGAUGAGCCUCUUUUGAAGAUUGAGAUAAAUAAUCCUGCUUUGCUAGCUGGAAAUUGGUCCCAGCUUUGUGCAACAUGCAAGAUUGUCAGGCCUCUUCGUGCAAAACAUUGUUCUACAUGUGAUCGUUGUGUGGAACAAUUUGACCAUCAUUGUCCCUGGGUGUCCAAUUGCAUUGGCAAGAAGAACAAAUGGGAUUUCUUUGCUUUUCUUAUUCUCGAAGUUUCAGCAAUGUUGGUUACUGGUGGAGUUUGUCUUGCAAGAGUACUAACUGAUCCACUGGCUCCUUCUUCGUUUGGGACAUGGGUUAAUUAUGUUGGCAAAAAUCACAUUGGUGCAAUAUCAUUUCUAAUUGCUGAUUUUUUCCUCUUCUUCGGAGUGUUUGCUUUGACAGUUGUUCAGGCUAGUCAGAUAUCGCGCAAUAUUACAACAAACGAAAUGGCAAAUAUAAUGCGGUAUAGCUACCUCAGAGGUCCAGGUGGUAGAUUCAGAAACCCAUAUGAUCAUGGUAUCAAGAAAAACUGUUCUGAUUUCUUGAUCAACGGGUACAAUGAAGAUGUGGAGUAUAUCGAAGAAUCAGGUAACUCAGAGGAGGGUGUAGGAAUGACACACAUGGCAAGGAACUCAAACGGAACAAAUGGAGACUCGCAUUCUCAUUCCGAUUAUCCCAAGGGCAACGGAAAUGGUCAUGUUGUUAUUAACGUGAAUUCAAACAGUACCAACUCAAAAACACAUCAUGGUCAAAAUAGUAAUGGUCAUGUUCAUUCUUCGCAUUGUAGUCAUAGUAACCAAGGCAAAACAAGAAAUGAAAGCAUUCCUGUGGGCUUAGGUCUUGGCCUCGGACGAAACACUAGAUCUGUUCCAGUUUCAUCCUCAUCAUGAUAAUUUCAUGUCUGGUUGUAUCUAAUUGUAAUGUAUCAUUAUCAUAGGCAAGCAUCUUGUUAGAUUAUGUAAUUCAAUUUAUUGUGGCUCUUUUGUACCAUGCCCA